ACAAAGACAUCUUAUGUUAUAUGUUACGUUUAAAUACAUUGGUAUAGAUUUUGUUUGCUUCUGAACGGGAGGACUACGGAGAAAAUGUUUUGUGAUAGCAUGAUGAAGAAAUACGAAAGGAAUAUUCAUUUUCGUACGGUGUUCUGGAUUACGUGUGUUGCAGUGUUUUUUCGCACUUGUAAUGGCGAUCUGAGCUAUUCUGUGCCAGAAGAAAUGAAGAAAGGGACGGUGUUUGGCAAUAUAGCAAAGGAUCUGGGUCUCGGUACUAAAGGACUAUCGGAUCGCAAAGCUCGAAUAGACAUAGAAGGGAAUGGCAAACGUUUUUGCGAUCUUCAGGGAGGCGAACUGGUUAUUGCAGAGAGAAUAGACCGCGAGGAGCUCUGUGGUUCGAAACCAUCAUGUACAUUAAAUUACGAGUUAGUUUUGGAGAACCCGUUUGAGUUGCAUCAAAUUAUUCUACAGAUUGAGGAUAUAAAUGACAACUCACCUCGCUUUCCGAAAAAUGAAAUCAAACUGGAAAUCAGGGAAUCUGCCGAUAAGGGUGAACGUUUCCGUUUGGAUGAAGCGCAUGAUUCCGACGUGGGGCGAAACGGAUUACAGGCCUAUUCCUUGGAGAACAAUGAUUAUUUUAUCUUAGCAGUGAAUUCUCAUUUGAAUGGACGAAAGUAUAGCGAAUUGGUUUUACAGAAAGAACUUGACCGGGAGCAGCAGCAGGAGGUGACAUUGUUGCUUACUGCUAGUGAUGGAGGAUCUCCACAAAGGUCUGGAACAGCAGUCAUACGUGUUAUUGUGCUUGAUGCAAAUGAUAAUCAUCCAGUAUUCGGUGAAACCGUUUAUAAAACCAGUCUACCCGAAAACUCUCCUGUAGGCACAGUGGUUGUGACUGUAAGUGCUACAGAUGCAGAUGAAGGAGCAAAUGGAGAAGUCACCUAUGAAUUUAGUCAUAUAUCUGACAAAGCAGCUAGACUGUUCUCUAUUGAUGAAGUAACAGGAGAAGUAAAAGUCAUUGGAACAAUAGACUAUGAGGACAAGUCUGAGUAUGAGUUAUGGGUCCAGGCAAAGGAUGGUGCAGGGUUGGCCUCUAAUGCCAAAGUUGAUAUAGAGAUCACAGAUGUAAAUGACAAUGCACCUGUGAUAUCUAUUAAAUCACUUAAUGUGCCUAUUCCUGAGAAUGUAGCUCCUGGGACAGAAAUAGGGAUAAUUAAUGUUCAGGAUAAAGAUACAGGGGGAAACAGACAGGUUCGGUGUUCCAUUCAGCAGAAUGUUCCAUUUAAAUUAAAUCCCUCAUUUAAAAACUACUACACACUAGUUACUACAGCUGAAUUAGACCGUGAACUUGCAGGUGAUUAUAAUGUAACAAUUAUCGCUACAGAUGAAGGCUCUCCCCCACUCUCUUCUACUAAGACAAUACACCUUUUUGUAUCUGAUGUAAAUGAUAACCCUCCUGUAUUUGCAGAGCAGUCCUACAGUGCAUAUGUGACUGAGAAUAACAAGCCUGGCUCCUCUGUCUGUUCUGUUACUGCGAGAGACCCAGACUGGAGACAGAAUGGCACAGUGUUCUACUCUCUGUUGCCCAGUGAGGUCAAUGGUGUUCUGGUCUCCUCAUAUGUAUCUAUUAAUGGAGACACAGGGGUGAUCCAUGCUUUGAGGGCCUUUGACUAUGAGCAGUUCAGAAGCUUCAAAGUUCAGGUUGUAGCCAGAGACAAUGGUUCUCCUCCACUCAGCAGCAACGUGACUGUGAGUGUGUUCAUAACAGAUGAGAAUGAUAACUCUCCUCAGAUAUUAUACCCUACUCCAGAAGGACUGAGGACCAACUCCUUCAUGACUGAGAUGGUUCCUAAAGCUGCUCUUUCUGGCUCGCUGGUCUCCAAAGUGAUCGCUGUUGAUGCUGACUCUGGACAGAACGCGUGGCUGUCGUAUCAGAUCGUGAAGUCGACUGAUCCGGGACUUUUCACUAUUGGUCUCCACAGUGGAGAGAUCAGGGCUCAGAGGGACAUUUCUGAAUCUGACAGCAUGAAGCAGAACCUUGUGAUCUCAGUGAAAGAUAACGGACAGCCCUCUCUCUCUACAACCUGUGCCGUAUAUUUACUCAUCUCUGAUAACUUGGCUGAAGUUCCUGAACUGAAAGACAUGUCUUAUGAGGAGAGCAAUUCUAAACUCACAUCUUAUCUGAUCAUUGCUCUGGUGUCUGUUUCCACAUUUUUCCUCACUUUCAUCAUUCUCAUUGUGGCCAUAAGGAUUUGCCACAGGAGAAAGCCCAGACUGCUGUUUGAUGGAGCAGUAGCCAUUCCCAGUGCAUAUUUACCUCCCAACUAUGCAGAUGUUGAUGGAACUGGAACUCUCCGUAGUGCUUAUAACUAUGAUGCCUAUAUGACCACAGGGUCACGUACCAGUGACUUCAAGUUUGUAACAUCCUACAAUGACAACACUCUGCCUUCUGGCACCACUCUGAAGAGGAGUCCAGGAGACAACAUUGACUGUCUGAACUUCUCUUCCCUUGACUUCACUGAGAAUGGAUCUAAAUGCUCCACUCUGGUAAAUAAUUGA